CCCUGCAGCCCCUGGUGUAGCAGCUGCUGCUCCCGGCCGCCAUGUUGAUCUCAGCUUUGCCCGCAGCAACCCUUCGUGAGACAGCAGCAGCAGCACCAGCACCAGCAGAGCGAGCGGCGGUGGCUUCCAGAGGGCACAAGGAGAGGAGGAUGCGGAGCAGCUGGCGAAUGAGCCCAUGGGCACAGUAGGACUGGCCGAGGGAGCACGGCGGAAGGAGACGGCAUGCGCAGCCGUUAUUAGCGUCGGGAAGCAGAGGAAAUAAAAGAUGGAAUGAGAGGGGGGCUCUUUUCUGUCCAGUGCACUUAACCAAGGAGUGGCUUCACCUUUUUUAUGUCUUUUUCAAUGUUAAAUUGAAGAUUUUGCCACGGAUGCGGUUUUCGAGCAGAUGAGGAGAGGUUAUGCGCUUGUGUUCUUCGCUGAACGGUAAAAUCGGAAGGAUUACAGACAAGCAUGGAUGGGCUGCCUGUUUAAAGGGAUCGGGCUCGUGAGUCGGAAGAGAAGCGAAGCUCCAUGAGAAGGGGAAUAACGCUUUUCGGAAUGUUGCUCGGCAUUUGGGCUGCUGGGGAGUUUUCGCCGUCCACAGAGGGGACGCACACAUGACGGAAUAGUCGCCGUGUUCGCUCGUUCAUCGUUAUUUCCCCCCAUCCACCGACCUCCGCAUUUUGGACUGCAUGACAGGAAGGUUCACACGAACGCCAACCAGCGAAUAGUGGUUGUUGGUUUGUCAUUUUUUUAUUAUUUUUUUUAACAACGCAUCUACUUUUAUUAUUGUCGUUUUAAAUCCUGUCUCGCCCCGCGAUACCCUCAUAAUGUCGGGCGAGGUUCGCUUGAAGAAGCUGGAGCAGCUGAUUCUGGAUGGCCCGGCGCAAUCUAACGGCCAGUGCCUCAGCGUGGAGACUCUGCUGGAUGUCCUCAUUUGUCUCUACGAUGAAUGCAGCGGCUCCCCUCUCAGGAGAGAGAAAAAUGUGCUCGAAUUUUUGGACUGGGCAAAACCCUUUGCCUCAAAAGUUAAACAGAUGAGGCUGCACAAAGAGGACUUUGAAAUACUUAAAGUGAUAGGAAGAGGUGCCUUUGGUGAGGUUGCUGUGGUGAAAGUGAAAAAUACUGACAAGGUUUUUGCCAUGAAAAUACUGAACAAAUGGGAAAUGCUAAAGAGAGCUGAGACUGCUUGUUUUCGAGAAGAGAGAGAUGUGUUGGUAAAUGGCGAUAACCAGUGGAUCACAACAUUGCACUAUACCUUUCAGGAUGAAAAUUACUUGUACCUUGUUAUGGACUACUACGUGGGUGGAGACCUACUUACUUUGCUCAGUAAGUUUGAGGAUAGAUUGCCAGAGGAGAUGUCUCGAUUUUACCUUGCUGAAAUGGUGCUCGCUAUUGACUCAGUUCAUCAACUUCAUUAUGUUCACAGGGACAUAAAGCCUGAUAAUAUCCUAAUGGAUAUGAAUGGUCACAUCCGACUUGCAGACUUUGGUUCUUGUCUAAAGCUGAUGGAGGAUGGGACGGUUCAAUCCUCAGUGGCUGUGGGAACACCAGACUACAUCUCCCCAGAAAUCUUACAAGCAAUGGAAGAUGGCAAGGGGAAAUAUGGUCCUGAAUGUGACUGGUGGUCUCUUGGCGUUUGCAUGUAUGAAAUGCUUUAUGGAGAAACUCCUUUUUAUGCUGAAUCACUGGUGGAGACUUAUGGCAAAAUAAUGAACCACAAAGAGAGGUUUCAGUUUCCAGCACAGCCCAUGGAUGUCUCAGAAAAUGCCAAAGACUUGAUAAGGAGACUGAUUUGCAGCAGAGAACAUAGGCUUGGACAAAAUGGCAUUGAAGACUUUAAGAAACACCCAUUUUUUGCUGGCAUUGAUUGGGACAACAUCCGAAACUGUGAAGCACCUUAUAUUCCUGAAGUCAGCAGUCCCACAGACACAUCGAAUUUUGAUGUAGAUGAUGACUGCUUGAAGAAUUCUGAAACAAUGCCACCUCCUUCCCAUACUGCCUUUUCUGGUCACCAUUUACCAUUUGUUGGGUUUACAUACACUAGCAGCUGUUCUCUGUCUGACCGUGGAUGUCUAAGAGACAUUUGUGGACCUACCUCCACAGAAAUUGACGUUAGCAUUCAGAGAAGCCUGGAAGACAGCUUAGCUACGGAAGCUUAUGAAAGGAGAAUACGUCGUCUAGAACAGGAAAAGACAGAGCUGAGUCGAAAACUGCAAGAAUCAACGCAGACUGUCCAGGCUCUGCAGUAUUCCAGCAUAGAUGGUCCAGUAUCUGCAAGCAAAGAAGUCGAAAUACGAAGUUUAAAAGAAGAAAUUGAAAAUCUAAAAAAGCAGAUAACAGAGUCCGGACAGCUAGAACAGCAGCUAGAAGAGGCCAGCAGUGCAAGAAGAGAGCUGGAAGAUAGCUCCCGGCAAAUAAAGAUGCUUGAAAAGCAAAUGAAAGUGGUAAAGCAAGAAAAGGAAGGCCUUCAAAAGGAACUGAUUGAGACAAGUGAGAAGUUAAAAUUCCAGACAAAGGAGCUCAAAGAUGCCCACAGUCAAAGGAAAAUAGCAAUGCAAGAAUUUUCUGAGAUGAAUGAGCGUUUAACUGAACUACGAUCUCAAAAGCAGAAGUUGACAAGGCAGCUUCGAGAUAAGGAAGAAGAAAUUGAAGGUUUGGUGCAGAAAAUUGAAAACCUGCGGCAAGAUAUACGCAAAGUAGAAAGGCUUAAGAAGGAGCUUGAAGCACAAGCAGAAGCAGCAUCAGCAGAAUCUUCAAAAGAAAAGAAACUAAGAGAGAGAAGUGAGCAGUAUGCUAAACAACUUGAAGAAGAGCUAGAAGGACUAAAGCAAAAGCAAGUAGGUCGGUCCCCUGGGAUCAGCAAUGUGGAGCAUCAGCAAGAGAUUGCCAAGCUCAGGUCUGACCUGGAGAAGAAGAGUGUAUUUUAUGAAGAAGAGCUGUCUAAGCGGGAGAUGAUGCAUGCGAAUGAGCUUAAAAACUUGAGAAAGGAGCUGAGGGAUGCCGAGAGUCAGCAGCUGACACUCAAGAAGGAAAUAAUGAUUCUGAAGGAUAAGUUAGAUAAGACCCGAAGAGAGAGUCAAAGUGAAAAGGAAGAAUUUGAGACUGAAUUUAAGCAAAAAUAUGAAAGAGAGAGAAUAUUAUUGAUGGAGGAGAACAAAAAACUUUCAAAUGAAUUAGAUAAGCUUACAUCCAUGUUUGAGAAACUGAGUAGCAGUAACCGACAGCUGGAAGAUGAAAUGAGAGAACUGGCAGAUAAAAAGGAGUCUGUAGCCCAUUGGGAGGCCCAGAUCACAGAAAUCAUUCAAUGGGUAAGUGAUGAAAAGGAUGCCCGUGGUUACUUACAAGCUCUGGCCACAAAAAUGACUGAGGAACUGGAGGGUUUGAGGAAUUCAAGUCUUGGUGCCAGGGCUACGGACAUGCCUUGGAAGAUGCGUCGCUUUGCAAAGCUGGAUAUGUCUGCAAGGCUGGAACUGCAGUCGGCCCUAGAUGCAGAGAUCCGGGCAAAGCAAGGUAUUCAGGAUGAAUUAAACAAGGUUAAAGCUUCAAAUAUUUCCACAGAAUGUAAGCUGCAGGAGUCAGAGAAGAAGAACCGGGACCUCUUGGCAGAAAUAGAAAAACUAAAAAAAGAGGCUGAGGACCUUCGAAUGGAAAAAGGUGUAAAGCAUCAAGACUCGCAGAAUUCUUUCUUGGCGUUUCUGAAUGCUCCCACCUCUGCUUUGGAUCAGUUUGAUCAUUCUCCUGCCUGUGUCCCGGCUAACAAAGGCAGACGUAUUGAUUCUAUUGAAAAUUUUAACUUGUCUAAUACACCUUCGAGAGAUGAAGAAUCAAAGUCCCAGAUUUAUUCAAGAUCCAGGUCACCAUCAACUGCAAGUGAUAUGGAAGCAAUCGAGAUUAUAGAUCACCCACCACAUAAUAUUCAGACACCUACUAUGAGGUCAACAUACAGUGGAUCCGGUGUGUCAGCUCCUAAGCCCAAAGCCCAUCAGUUUGUCGUGAAGUCAUUCAGUACUCCUACAAAAUGUAAUCAGUGCACCUCUUUAAUGGUGGGAUUGAUACGACAAGGCUGUGCUUGUGAAGUUUGUGGAUUCUCAUGUCAUGUGACCUGUGCCGACAAAGCUCCAGCUGUGUGUCCAAUUCCAUCUGACCAAACAAAAGGACCUCUGGGAAUUGAUCCACAAAAAGGGAUUGGAACUGCAUAUGAAGGAAAUGUCAGGGUACCUAAACCUGCAGGUGUGAAAAAAGGCUGGCAAAGAUCCAUUGCAGUAGUGUGUGACUUCAAACUGUUCUUAUAUGACUUACCAGAAGGAAAGACUUCCCAGCCUACAGUGGUAGUGAGCCAGGUCAUUGACAUGAGAGAUGAGGAUUUUUCAGUCAGUUCAGUUUUAGCUUCAGAUGUCAUUCAUGCCAACAGGAAGGACAUUCCAUGCAUCUUUCGGGUGACAGCUUCACAGCUUUCAGCAUCAAACAGCAAGUGUUCAAUCCUAAUACUGGCUGACAAUGAAAAUGAAAAGAACAAGUGGGUUGGGGUUUUAAAUGAAUUACAUCGUAUCUUGAAGAAAAACAAACUGAAAGAUAGAUCGGUCUAUAUGCCCAAAGAGGCCUAUGACAGCACUCUUCCUUUAAUCAAAACAACUCAAUCUGCUUCUAUCUUAGAUCAUGAAAGAAUAGCCCUGGGAAAUGAAGAAGGACUCUUUGUUGUGCAUGUAACUAAAGAUGAGAUUAUACGAGUGGGUGAUAACAAAAAAGUCCACCAGAUUGAGCUAAUCCCAAGUGAACAGCUAAUAGCAGUGAUAUCAGGGAGAAACCGACAUGUUCGACUGUAUCCCAUAUCUGCCUUAGAUGGUCGAGAAGCAGAAUUUUAUAAACUGGCAGAAACAAAAGGCUGCCAGACUAUUAUAUCUGGGCAGGUCAGGCAUGGAACAAUGACGUGCCUAUGUGUGGCAAUGAAGAGACAAGUGAUAUGUUAUGAACUGAACCAGAGCAAAACUCGCCAUAAAAAGAUCAAAGACAUUCAGGUUCCAGGCAAUGUCCAGUGGAUGGCCAUUUAUAGUGAGCGCCUCUGUGUUGGCUACCAGUCGGGAUUCAUGAAGUACAGCCUGCAUGGUGAAGUAAACGCAAUCAGCCUACUGCAUUUUGAUGAUCACACGCUUUCCUUCAUCACACAACAAGGGAUGGAUGCCAUAUGUGCAGUGGAAAUCUCCAACAAGGAGUAUCUGCUGUGUUUCAGCAGUAUAGGCAUAUAUGUGGACUGUCAAGGUCGGCGAUCAAGGCAACAGGAACUAAUGUGGCCAGCAGUUCCCAUAGCUUCAUGUUAUAAUGCACCAUACCUUUCAGUCUACAGUGAAAAUGCCAUUGAUGUUUUUGAUGUCAACACAAUGGAGUGGAUCCAAACAAUUCCUUUGAAGAAGGUGCGUCCUUUGAAUACAGAUGGUUCCUUAAAUCUGCUAGGUCUGGAAACUGUUAGAUUAAUAUAUUUCAAGAACAAAAUGGCAGAAGGAGAUGAGUUGGUAGUUCCUGAAACAUCUGAUAAUAGCAGAAAACAGAUGGUUCGGAAUAUCAACAAUAAGAGGCGCUAUUCCUUUAGAGUGCCUGAGGAGGAGAGGAUGCAGCAAAGGAGGGAAAUGCUUAGAGACCCAGAGAUGAGAAAUAAGCUAAUUUCCAACCCAACAAAUUUUAACCACAUUGUCCAUAUGGGACCUGGUGAUGGUAUCCAGAUUCUUAAAGAUCUACCCAUGCCAGGUUCCCCUCAUCCAUCCCAUAAUCAUCACUUGUGCUUGAUCUCAACUCCAACCAACUUUGAACACGUCUAUCACAUGACUGUCAAUUCCGCUGAAAACUUCCUCUAUUAUGAUUCCAUAAACCCUUCCUACUCCCCAUCUCUUCGUUCUGUGUCAGGAUCUAUGUCUCCACGGAACCUUCGCCCACAAGAGAGCCGUACCAUGUUUAGUGGGUCUGUAAGCAUUCCCUCCAUUGCAAAAUCCCGAACUGAGCCAGGCCGUUCAAUGAGUGCAAGCAGUGGACUGGGAUCACGGCCCACAGCACAGAAUGGGAAUGCCCUCAGACGAGAGUUUUCUGGAGGAGGCUAUGGAACGAAACGACAGCCAAUGACCUCACCCUCAGAUGGGUCUCUGUCUUCUGGGGGUGUUGAUGGUGGAAGUGAUGCACCAAUAUCACAGUUUGAAAGAGAGGAUUCGGAUUCUCCUAGACACUCUACGGCCUCCAACAGUUCCAACCUGAGCAGUCCACCGAGUCCAGCCUCUCCUCACAAAACCAAAAGUCUCUCUCUGGAGAGUACAGACCAUGUGGGAUGGGAAACAUGAUUCCAGAACCUUGACAUCAUCAAGUCAAGUUUUCACCUCUUUUCUUCACCUCCCAUCAUCUCUUCUGAUUCUUGCUUUGGAAAGGCUGCACUGUGUUAGCCUUCUAGCAUCAUCAGCAGCUGUACCUCCAAUCUUAAGAAAUUCAGUGAAUCUAACUGUAAUGUCACCAGUGAGGACAGUGACAAACAUUGCAGGCAUCCGUACCACAAGAAUUGCCUGUGCUGUGACAUUGUCACACUUCCUGUGGGAGGGAUUCGCAGCACACUCCAUAGACAGACUACUGAAAGUACAGCUAAUAUCCUUGUUGCCAAUUGAUGCAUUUAUUUCACCUAAUAUUGGACCAGGACCAUAUAUUACAAAAUGUACAAAAAAUGUGUACAUAAACACAUGUAUUAAGUUUAUAGAUAUUUAUAGUAGAGUUUGUCUUGUUGGCUUUAAACAAAGAUACAAGGGGCUGAUCUGGCCUUGACAACGUCUGCAUUUAUUCAAGGAGAGUCGUGUUGGUGAAAAAAAAAAAAGAAAAAGAAAAUUUGUUUUUGCUGCUCAUUUCAAGAUGUUGUGGACAUAGUUGUUAUCUUCUGCAAGUUAAAUUUGUAUUGGGAGGGAUAGCUGGCACAGUAAAACACUGCAGGGCCUCCAGAGUUGGUCACUAGAAGUGCCCGUCUAUCCUUGCAGUUUUUGAUUGCUGCUGCAAAACAAGCCGAUAAGACUGAUGAAGUGCAAGUUAGUGCUUUUUAAGAAGGUGCUGGCUCUAGACUAGUCAUGUAAGAAUGUAUUUAAUCCAAUGGGUUUUGCAAUAAGAAUGUUUUAUAGCAGCUUUCCAUUCCAUUUUCAAUUAUCGUUAGUCCUUCCAGCCACCAAAACAGCUUUUAUCCAUGAGUUACGUAGCAGACUGCCGGGAGAAUUGCUUUAAUGCUGCCGUCUUUGGGAGUAGGAACAGUUCCCAUAUUGGUGUAAGAAAAAAAAAAUAUGUGUGUGUUAAUGCUGUAAAUGACAAGUAGAAUUUAAUAUAUCUAGGAAAACAGAAACUCUGCUAUAAUGUGCAAGAGGCAUCAGGCAAGCCACCGUCUGGGUUUGUAGUGCUGUGGGCCUUCCAGCUAGCAAGCAAGCCUUUCCAGUUGGGGUUUUUUUUUUGUGAUAUUUGUAUUUAAUUCAUUGCUGAUGGUAUUUGAUAUGUUUGGGAAUGUACCACAUGGCUUCUUUGAUCUGUUUUUGUAGACUCUUUGUAAUUGGAAUGAAACAGUAACCUUUUGGAGUGAGGAUUGGAACACGGUACCAUAACUGUAGGCAGUAAGGACAGUGUGACUCUUUUGCAAUGGCAGGUGGGGAUUUUUUUUUUUUUUGAGUUGGCCCAAAUGAAACAAAACCAAUUUACAGAUGCAUUCCAGGAUGAGUUUGCUGUUUUUUUCUCUCAAAACUUUCCACACUCAUCCUUCACCUGCCUUUGUAUGAGUGUGUUUAUGCGUGUGUGUGUGUGUGUGUGUGUAUUUUUGUGUGUGUUUUGCAAGACUCCGUGGUCCAGCAGAGCAUAAAUACAGCAAUAAGCUCUCUCCUGUCCAAAGACAACAAAGUAACACAGCACCCCAGUAAGUUUUAAGAGGAAUGAGCUAUUUUACUAAAGAAAGUGACUUUUCGGUUGUGAUUAUAGAAUUCUAUAUAUAAAUAUAUAUAUAAAAUAUAUAUAAAGUUGUGUAUAGUUUUACUCAUCAUGGUGCUUCAUGGCACUGUGUAUCAGACAUCACGGUGUAGACCGGUAGUUGUUGGGGGUUUUUUUUUCGUUUUUUGUUGCUUUGCUGUAUGAAGAUAGAAGCCUGAAAAACUAUAUGCAAAAGUGGACCCAUUGUCACUCCGUGGGUCAAAUCAUUAGACAGUUGUUAAAAAUAGAAAUAUGAGCAGUUUCUCAGGAGGCAGAUGGGGCUAAGUCCACAGUCACGUAAACUUGGUAGCUUAUGUGAGAAGAGCACCCCCACUCUGUCCAUCAACCUUUUUUAAAGGAUGGUAACAUUACACUUGUAUUACAAAUAGAUGGAUUUUUUUUAUUUUUUUCAUGCAUUUUUUUUAGAAAAUCUGUUACAUUCACAAAGGCUGUUUAGAGUAUUUGUUCUUAUGAAGGUAGUAAGCAAACAACAGACAUAAACCGUCAUGCCUAUCUAUAUAUUAGGACCUUCUUUCUGUGGAGAAGGCCACUGUUUGCUGAACAGGUGUAUUGACCUCUGUAAGCAGAAGGCAACUCUUCCAGUAAUCCAGAACAGAAGCCUAGAACAACAGAACCUUUCCAUUCCAAAGCAAUACCAGUAGUACACGUGUAGCAGUAAUUGCCAAGAUUCCACUCCACCAACCAAAACACGAAAUACAUGAAAUGAAAAGAAAAUCAUGUGUGCAGCAAGGACGACAGCAAUCUGCCUUAAUUGUGUCUUUUGAACAUCUGUCACCUUUUACAUUUUGAAAUUUGGUACCCUCUGCUAAGGGCAGUCAUGAUUGCAGAACUACCAGAGAUAAAAAAAACAGUUGAAAAGAAAGAAAACAUUUGGUUUAAAAAAAAAAAAAAAGCCAUCAUAGAACAAACAAAUAUGAUUGCAGGACUUUACAAAUUACACCUUGAACUGUGUGGGAGUGUAUCUUAAGAGCUGCUAAAUGAAUGUUUGGACAGUGUUCGUAAAGGACAAUUUAAAAUGUCUUUGUCAUCAUCCUUCUUGUUGAGUAAAGCCCACCAUGCUUUAAUUCCGAUGGUCCAUGAUAGCCUUUUAAUUCACAAAUGCAAGCUUGUGUUCUGUAGAAGUCGCCAUAGUUUUUCAAAAGUGAGGCCUUUUAUUAGUCCGUAUCUCAGCCAUUAAUAAGGGAUCUGCCGUGCUUUUAUAAAGUAUUUCAGAACUGGGUUCACCGUGUAGUACCUGUAACUGAUUUAUAUUUAUAACCAAGCAAUAUUAAAUUUUUAAACUGCCUUUUGGAUUUUAUUUUUGACAUUUUAGCCUGGAGGGUAUUGUUUUAGUCCUCCCACCCAUUCACUAAUAUUUGUACAUUGUAAGACCACCUGGUCAGGCCCUCUGAUUUAGUUUUGUCUGUACACAGAUUAAUUUGAAAAAAAAAAUGUAAAUGUCAACUUGCCCAAUAUUUGGUAAAAUUCUAAAAGUCUGAUAUUCCACUUGAUGCUACUAACUUCUGUUAUCGUAAAUUAAGGACAGAAUGUCUUCACAUUUCAAAAUCUGUUUUACAAUUCUGAAAUACUACCAGUUCCUGACAAUUGUUAUCAUUUUAAAGACAAGCAAGUGACCAUCAUUCCUGAAUAGGGCUUAAAGUGCUGCUCAGGUGCCAGCAUUUUUGAUUUUAUGUUAAUAUACCGUUCUUCCUGGUCUUCCAGUCCAUUUCAUUCUCCAACAUUGGCUUGGAGUUACACACCCAACCUAAACCUGCAGAUAAGUUAGGACUUCUUAUAAAAGCAGGUCAGAAGCAGAGAGAACACACUUUGCCUUAGGGAGAAUGCGCACAAGCGAUUUUUGUUUGCUUUUCUAAAUGGAACAGUUAUGUCCAGUCAAAUAGCUUUAAAUGGAUAUCAUUUAAUGCUUGUGUGUACUGGUGAUGCGAACCGUUACAGUACAAAAGAUGUAACGACAAAGCUUUAUGAACCAGAAUCAGUAAAGUUCCAGUGCUUGCUUGUUUUACUGUUUGUUCGAGAAUGUACUUUACCGAGACAAUGUCUUAAAUCCAAGGUGGAUUCGACUACGGGUUGGUGAGAGUGGGCCAAAAUCUGUUUUAUUUUCCAGUUUGUUAUGGUAUAGCAAAGAAGGUUCCCACUUUGUUAGUUGUAACCUCAGGAAACGUCUGAACCAAUGAUUAUUUCAGAGGAUUUGGAGACUAUUUCCUUGCUUGUCACAGAUUAUUACCGACAAUACAGUAUAAUCAUCCACCAAGUUUUAUUGAUUGUAUAAGCAUUUGGGUUUUAACUGUUACUUGUACAAUUCAGUGUGCUAGGAGUUCAGUGAAAUGGGGUUGGGGAAGGGAUGGGGACUGAAUUGGUCAUAUCAUAGCAGUAUUUGCAACUCAGUGAGGUUUUACUUGCCUUUCAUGUUAUUUACAAUUUCAUAUCAUUUAUUUUUUAAGAGUUUUUUUGUUUUCUUUGUAAGAAUAUUGUACAGUUUUGCAUGUCCUAGAUGUAAUCACUUUUGUUUGUAGGUUUUUAAAGGCUGACAAGUGAAAUAAAAAGAAAAAAUGGCUUGGCUUCUUAUCACUCAUUCUUUUGCUCUUGAUAACAGUUGCGGACUUAAAUGAAUAACCUGUUACAGAAAGAUUUAGGGGAUUUUGCACAGAAAUAUUUAAGGUGGACUGUCAGGAAUUGUAUGGGACUAACCACCACUCUUUUAUGUUGAUAACACAAUAUUAAAAUAUUAACCUGACUUUAAUGUAUUUCAAAUAAAACGGGGAACUGUUGCAAAU